AAUCCAAUUUUCCAGAUGGAAAAUCAAGGACCAAGAUCAACUUCCGUCAUGGAACAACCAAUUCGAAUGUGGCCCAUGAUUAAUAACAAUGCUGGAAAUAAUCAAAAUCGGAUCAUAUCCAACAAUAAUAUUGUAAAACGAGAAAAUGUUCCAAAACCCGGAAAUAAUAUCUAUUUACGUCAAGCUUUAGGCUUUACUUCUUUAAAAGCUUCUCCUAAUCAAAUUAUGGAUGAAAAUAUUGUCGAACGAACGAAACCAAUGUUUCGUAAAAUUCGAAAAGUAACAAAAAUUGGAUCGAUAGAUAUGAAAAAAUUAAUUAUGAGUCUUGAAUCUGGAUUAUUGGCUGAAACAACUUGGGCACUUGAUUGUUUACACAUAAUGUCCAGUAAUGGUCAAUUACAAUUACAAUCUAAUUUAUCUGGCCGUUUGGUUGAAUAUUACAAAUGUUUUCUCGAUGCUAUUUUUGAUGAUCUUUUCGUAGAUACUAAAAUUGAUUAUCAGCUAAAAAUGAUGUCCAAUGAUAGCGAUGGGCCAAAUAUUGUUUCGAAGACAAAUAGUAAUAAUUUGAUCGAACCGAAUGAUCGUAUAUAUCUACUUGAUUCUACUAAUUAUACAUUCCAAUCAAGAAAUGGUUUACCAGUCAAAUUGAAAGAAGAUGUUGAUCUGAAUGCAAAUAUUGUCAAUCAAUUAGAAAAGGAUUGGCUCGAUAUUUUUUGUGAUCAUCAAUAUCUACAAAAUGGUAAUACGAUGAGUACAGCACAUAUCAUUCGAUCAAUGAAUCCGAUGCAAGAAAUGGUUCCAUUCAUUAGGCCAAUAACUGAUAAACAACAACAACAGCAGCAGCAGCAACAACAACAACAUGUGAAUGAAACACAACAAAAUAAACGUUUUAUGGUGAAAAAACGAAAACUUGAAUUGGAUGAUGAGGCUGAAAAAUUCGAAAUAUCAUCGACCUUAUGUCCUCGUCUUGAAGCUUAUGAAUCCAUGUUGAAAAGAUGUCUAUGCAUAUCGAGCAUUAUACGUAAUGCAUCAUUUUCUAUAACCAAUAGUCGUAUGAUGGCUAAUGAUGUAUCAUUAUUAUUGGUAAUGGCACGUCUUUUAUCAUACAAUCAUGAACAUGAUGAAAAGAAAACAUUUGCAAUGAUUUUGAAUUCAGUGACCAAUCGUAAUCAUAAUAAUAACAAUAAUAAUGAUAAAGAAAAUGAAAUAUUCUUGGGUGAAUUAUUCGAUGAUUUUUCAUUCGAAACUUUACAUAUGAUUCGUAUGAAUACUUUGGUUACAUUAUCCAAUCUUAGCGAACAUCUUGAUCUUUGUCAAUAUUCAGAUAAAAUUAUUUUACCCUUAUUGGAUGGUUUACUUCAUUGGAUAGUAUGUUCAUCAUCAUAUGCUCGUGAUCCAUUACCACCGGAUAAUCUUUCCUGUCAGAUACAAGCAUUGGAAAUUGUAGCCAAAUUAAGUAUUCAUCAAUCAAAUAUUGAUCUCAUAUUGGCUACACCACCAUUCAAUCGUAUUGAACAAAUGUAUCGAGUAUUAGUCGAAACUAUUGGCAGAAAUGAUGAUGAUCAAGUUUUACAGGAAUUAUCAUUGGUUGUAUUGGCACAUUUUUCCCAUGGUGAUCUAUUAAGUGCACGAAUCAUUCUUCAUAUUGAUUUGGUCAUAAAUAAUUUGUUAGCCUUUAUUGAACAAAAUGAAUUUCAUAAUCGAAUGAAUGGUAUAUGUUUAACAACAACGAAUUCGUCAUUACAACAUCCUGAUGAAUGUUCAAUCAAUUACAUUAUUGGAUUAGCUGCACGUACAUUACGAACAUUAGCAUCGGCUUGUGACCACAAUGAUUGUUAUCUAUUUUAUAAAUAUGAAAAUAGAUUUGUCGAUCUUAUUAUGUCCAUAUUUCUAGAUACAAAUGUUGGCCAAAUUCUAGCCGAUUUAAUGUUCAUUCUAUCAAAUCGUAAAUCUGUAUUUAAUCAUUCGAAAUAAUUUACUUGCACAAUUUUUUAAAUUAUAAAAAUAAAAAAAAAAAUAAAACACCAACAACAACAAAAUUGAUGAAUGAAUAAAAGUGUAAACAUUAUACAAAUGACUAUAUCUGGUGAAAUAAUAAUUCCUAUAUAAUAAUCUUGAUUCAUUCUUGAGUAACACAAAAGAAAAAAAAGGUUGAGAUUCGAAAUAAAUAGCAAUCGAAGCUGUUGCUGCUGCUGCUGCUGAUGUGUCUUUGAUAGAUAAAUUGAUGAGAUAAUGAAUGAAUGAAUGAAUGAAGAAAGACCAGAUAUGAUUUGUCAUUGAUAUAAAAAAAAGACACCAUUUUUUUCCAUUGUGUUAUCGAUGAGAAAUGAAUGAUGGAUCAUAUAGAAUGGAAUGAUAGAUUGAUUGAGAGUGGGUAGGUUAUAUAUUAUGUACAUUUUUU